AUGUAUGUAUGUUUCGAUGAAAAACUUUGGUUUUUAUGUAACCAAAUUAACCCCGGACGCUAUCAAAUAGUGUUCACCGGGGGUUUUAGAUCAGCAACAGCUUUGAAGAAGAUUCGUUUAACGUUAGUACCCUCUAUAAAUUCAUUCAAAUUUGGAAGACGGUGUUUUUCUUGGAAAAACAAAUUGGAAGACCUGGAUCUGGCGACGAAGACCCAGGGUGAACUUCCGCAACUAGACGACAAAAUUUCUGAGCUACCAAAUACACCAAGCCCGUCUUCAUCGAUUAUCGCACCACCACGGCAACAGCCACGGUCAGGUAGCAGGCAACCAACAACUUUUUCGGAAUGGCAACUACUUGCUGUACUUCAUCGGGCCAAUUUAUUGCAGUAUUACGACGAAUUUAUUGCUCAAGGCGGAGAUGAUAUCAAUCAGUUUAUGACAUGCGACGAACAUGAAUUCCUGGAAAUAAUGUCAGUGGUCGGAAUGGCCUCAAAGCCGCUUCACGUUCGACGGUUUCAACGAACGCUCACUGAAUUCAGUAAAGAUCCGGAUGCUUUCAAUCUGGUUGCCAUCCAGCAAAUCGGUUUGCCACCAGCUGCAAGCUAUGGAUACAUCCCACCAACAUCAUCAGCUACUCCAACUGCCGCUUUACAAUUUCUCUUAUCAUCACAAAAUCUUGCUGCUGCAAGUUUAGCUGUUGCUGCUUGUUUGCCAUGCACUAGUCCGUCCAUUACUCACGAUCAAAGCUCGCCGCGGUCACUCUUACAGCCAUUGGUAUCAAGUCAGUGUGGUGUUUAUUCAGAUUAUUUGCGUAAUUUGAUAAUUAUUGCGAACUCGUUUGGCACAUCAGAAUCGCUGCAUGAAUUAUUCAAUGCUGCAACGGUAGCAGCAGUAGCUGGGGUGGGAACUUCAGGGACAACAUCCACCACAACAACUAUUGGUGCUACGGCAAAUGUGAUGGCCGGUGAUUUCCUAACAAGUUUGGUAGCUGGUAUACCGCAAUCUAGUGGCAGUUGUAGCAGUGGUAGCGGUGUUGCAUCUAAUUCCAUGCAAGUAUUGGAAUCAGCAACAUCAUCCAAGAUGGCAUCUUCAUCUACAGAACAUGCAUCCACAACAUCAAGCCUAAUUCAGCUUUCUGUCGGUUCUCCAACAAAUAGUAAUGAAGCAACUUGUGAUUUCGAUCAGUUAGGAGUGGGAACAAGCACAACAUCAGAAACACCAGUGCUCACAGAAGCUCAAAUUUCAAGGCUUGCUCAAUGUUCUCAUCGUCUUAUCGAACAAAUGCCACAACUUGAACCUAAAUUAAUACAGAAUAAAAAGAAAAUUAGUCGAGAAUUAUUGGAUGUGAUGCAAUUACCGUUUGGUUCACCGCAACGUUUGCAAGAAUAUCGGAGAUAUUCGGCAAUUUAUGGUCGCUUUGAUGCGAAACGUAAACCCGAUAAACCGUUAACUUUGCAUGAGGUUUCAGUUAAUGAAGCAGCUGCACAGUUAUGCCUUCGGCAACCUGCACUUCUAACUAGGCGUGACGAAUUAUUUCCACUUGCUCGACAGGUAGUAAAAGAUGCGGGUUAUAACUAUGUCAAAGGAAUGAAGAAAGGUGAAGCAGAUAUUAAAAAGCAACGUUCGCUAGUUGUAAUGGAUACAUUUUAUCCAAGCGAACCAUCACAAUCUCCACAAAGUUCAGCUGGAAGUCCAGGAGUAGAUGAAAGUACUGUUGAUUCUGGAAAUGAAUUAACUGCUGCAUCAUCAUCAUCUUCAUUGGUAGCAAUGAUUGGUAAAUGUGAUGAUACCGUAUCAAUCAUUACAUCCAAUCGGAAAAAACGUCGUCGAGAAUCGUCACAAGAACAGGAACAAUUGGAAUUAUUAUCAAAUGUGGUACCUCUUGUAAAUCCGGAAAAGCAGCAAAGAUUAAUCGUUAAACGACAUGCUGCUUCUAUUGAGAAACAAUGCAAUACAUCCGGCGCUACUAAUGAUGAUACGUAG